GUGCCAAAUUAUUGUGCUGGCGUUUUUCUUUGGCGGGGAAGGGCUGCCGUUGACUUGAGAGCUCCAUGCCACCACACAAACCUGAUCCAGUCAGCGGCAGAUCGAGCAAGACCCAGCCCAAAUCCAACUGCCCCGCUACAAAUCGUGAGGACCCAAUCUCGGAUUUCGGAGAAAGGAGGCGGAGGCGCAGUUGCAGAGCUGCAGCGGGCGCGGGACGGUGGGAGGUACUCCGGCCGGAGUUUUUCUUUUUCUUGAAGCGGAGCCGGCGGCGCUAGCUCUGGCGAGGGCGUUGGCGGAGGAGUACUACGUACGCGCUGGUGGGACACCGACGCCGGCCGGCCGUGGUUGGUUUAAGUUUAACGAGCCUGCCUCGGUUGCCAUCCGGGGAACAUUGACUGCCCCCGGGUACCCGCUCGCCGUCGACAAGGACGGGCUCCCCAAUCCCAGAGGUCAGGACGUUCGGUUGGCGGCGCAGUUCACGGCCGCGGUGGCGAAGCUGCCGCGUCGGGCGGAUCACGUCUGGGUGGCGUCGGCGUGAGCUUGGGGAGAGCUGAAGUGGAGAGACAAAAAAAGAAAUUGCCUGACUGUGAAUCCCAGCAGUUUUUGGUUUCUCAAGCUCUGUUAUUGCGCUUCAUUUUUAUCUGGCUUUGCUUAAUCUGUAGCCACAACGCGGUAAAAAUGGCGAUGAUCCUAGACGCCUUUGCAUACUACGUGCAGAAUAUGCUCACGGAGAUGGUGAAGGAAGAGGUGCACAUGCUGCUUGGAGUCAGAGAUGAUAUCGACAAGAUGGAUGUUAAGCUUGGGGAUCUCAAGAACUUCCUCGCCGAUGCUGAUAGAAGGAACAUCACAGACAAGAGCGUGCAAGAGUGGGUGGCCCAGCUCAAGCGUGCCAUGUACGAAGCUGCCGACAUACUCGACGUCUGUCAGCUCAAGGCCAUGGAGUGUGGUCCGUCCACUGUAGAUGUUGGGUGCUUCAACCCCUUGCUCUUUUGCAUGCGGAAUCCCUCCCAUGCCCACGGCAUCGCCACCCGCAUAAAGGAUCUGAACAAGAGGCUCGACACCAUCAAGGAGCGAAGCGCUGCUUUCAGCUUCAUCAAUCUUGGUUCAUACGAGGAUCGUAGCAGCAAGGUGCAGGCUUCUAAUUCUGGAAAUACCUGCCGUGAGACAUCAGGGGAGUUCGAUCGGUCGGGUAUAGUCGGAGAGAAGAUUGAAGAAGACACAAGAAAGCUGGUUGAGAUCAUCUUGACUGAAAAAGAGGGCAACGCCAACAUCAUGGUGGUUGCCAUUGUUGGUGUCGGCGGCAUUGGUAAGACCACUCUUGCCCAGAAGGUCUUCAAUGACGAAACCGUGAAGGCCGAGUUUGACAACACAAUAUGGUUGAGCAUCAACCAGGACUUCGACAGGGUUGAGCUGCUCAGGACAAUCAUCACCCUUGCUGGGGGAAAACAUUGUGGUGAAAAGGCGUUGGCUGUGCUUCAGCCAAUUCUCACUGCUGCCCUAACAGGGAAAAAGCUAUUGCUGGUGCUAGAUGAUGUGUGGAGUCACGGAGCAUGGGGUGAUGUUCUUGAAAUACCCUUGGCUAAUACUGUGGUUCGAGGUAGUAGGGUCCUCCUCACUACUAGAGAUGAGAGAGUUGCUCGAGGGAUGAAAGCUGUGCUUCCCUACCACCACGUUGACAAAUUGAAGGAGGAGGAUGCCUGGUCAUUGCUCAAGAAACAGAUAGUCUCAAGUGCGACUGAUAUACGUGAGAUUGAUACGCUCAAGGAUAUUGGCUUGCAAAUUGUAGCAAAAUGUGAUGGCUUGCCUCUUGCUGUCAAAGUAAUGGGAGGACUCUUGUGUCAGAAGGAUAAUCAACACAGUGACUGGAAGAUGGUUCUGGAUGAUUCUAUAUGGUCAGUAUCUGGAAUGCCCAAAGAGCUAAACCAUGCAGUAUAUUUGAGCUAUGAAGAUUUACCUUCUUGCAUCAAACAAUGCUUUCUAUGCUACUCCCUUCUCCCUAAAGCUACAAAGUUUCUAAGAGAGGACAUAAUUGGCAUCUGGAUUAGUGAAGGAUUUUUACAUGGGCCCUCAGACGACUUGGAAGAAUUAGGAAGAAAGUACUAUAAGGAGUUGAUACAGAGGAACCUUAUAGAGCCAGAUUCAAAGUACAUUGAUCAAUUAUUUUGCAACAUGCACGAUGUCGUUCGCUCGUUUGCUCAAUUUGUGGCUAGAGAUGAGGCAUUAGCAGCUCACAGUGGAGAAAGUAAUAUUGUUAGUAAACUUUGUUCACAUAAGUUUCUUCGAUUGUCGCUAGAAAGUAAAGCAUCGGGAUCAGAUGGAUUAGACUGGACUUCUUUACAAUCACAAAACACACUGAGAACACUAAUAUCAGUUGGCCAUAUAAAUAUGAAGCCCGGUAAUUCAUUGGUUCAUUUUCCAUGUCUACGAACUCUGCAUAUCGAGUCUGCACAUGCUGCGCUGGUUGAAUCUUUGCAUGAAUUCAAGCACUUGAGGUACUUAUCUUUAGAACAGUCAGAUAUCUGUAGUCUUCCAGAAAGCAUUGGCAAAAUGAAAUUCUUGCAGUACAUUAGCCUUAGAGGAUGCCAACAAUUUGUGAAACUUCCACAUAGCAUUGUAAACUUAGGACACCUAAGGUAUCUUAACUUCCAGAAAACAAGUAUAAAUUGCAUACCUAGGGGGUUCCGUGUUCUGACAAAUUUGAGGAAAGUAAAUGGAUUUCCGGCCCGGGUGGAUGGUGAUUGGUGCAGUUUGGAAGAGUUGGGCCCUCUUUCUCGGCUCAAGUAUCUGGAAAUACAGGGGUUGGAGAAUGUAACUGCUUCCUCGUUCGCAGCAAAGGCAAAGCUUGUUGAGAAGGUGCAUCUUACCAACCUAUGCUUAACCUGUGGUAGUAGAUUGGGGGAUGACGGGCUGAUUGAAGAAGAGACCCAACAAAUCGAGAAGGUGUUUGACGAGCUCUGCCCUCCUCCCAGCUUAAAUUUUCUUGCCAUGGAAGGAUAUUUUGGCCGACGACACCCGAGGUGGAUGAUGUCGUCACCAGAUAUGCCCCUCAAGAACUUGAGGAUUCUGAUGGCUGAAGAUCUGGCUUCGUGCACACAACUUCCUGAUGGCUUGUGUCAGCUCCCUUAUUUGGAGUUCCUUCAGAUCGACCGUGCCCCAGCCAUCAAGCGUGUUGGACAUGAAUUCCUGCAGUCCUAUCAUCACCAGAAUCCUCAUCCUUCCAAGACGGUGGUUUCAUUUCUGAGAUUGCACACGAUGAAGUUAAUGGGCUUGGUGGACUGGGAGGAGUGGAAGUGGGAGGAGCAAGUGCAAGCCUUUCCUGCCCUGACUGAGCUUAUUCUGUUUGAAUGCAAUUUGAGGCGUCUCCCUCCUGGCCUUGCCUCCCAGGCAAGGGCUUUGAAGGUAUUAUCCAUACAGCAGGUCAAGGGUCUGAUCUCUCUAGAGAACAUUGCUUCCCUGAUCGAACUGCAAGUGAUUGAGAACUUCCAGUUGGAGAGAAUCACUAAUCUCCCCAGACUGCAGAAGCUUACCAUCACCCACUGCCCAAAGUUGCAGGUGCUGGAAGGUGUUCCUGCACUACAGAGGUUCAUGCUCGAGGAUGACUACAUGGAGACACUCCCAGAAUAUAUGGGAAGUAUAAACCCAAGGCGUUUGGAGCUCUACUGCAGCCUGGCGCUGCUUGCGUCCAUGGCUGUGGCGCAAUCUGGUCCUGAGUGGGACAAGUUCAGCCAUAUUGAGCAUGUCAAGGCAUAUGCACAAGAAGGAAAUAAUCCAAGGAGAUGGUAUGCAAUGUACACAGCUAAUCCCUACAAUUUGGAGACAAAUGUCAGCAGCUCUGCUUUCAUGUAUAAAGGAACCGCAUUUCCUUUGGAGGAUGCGCAAACAUUUGAGUCUGUCUUCAAAAUGACACGAAGAACCUUUAGGUACAUCUGCAGCUUGGUGAGUAUGGAAUUGAAUUGUAUGACAUGCUACACCUUUGUUGAUGGGAGGGAGCUGUCUUUACAAGAUCUAGUAGCCAUUGUUCUCAGAAGGUUGUACUCUAGUGAGCCACCGGAGACGAUAGGAUCAACUGUUGGUGUGAACAAGUCAACCGUCUUGUUGGUAACCGAGAGCUUUGUUGCUGUCUUGUGCAAUCGAGCAAAGCACCACUUGCUUUGGCCAGACUCCAGUAAAAUGUAUAAGAUCAAAUCCAUGUUUGACAAGAUCCACAGUAUGAAUAACUGCUGUGGUGUUAUAUGUACAACUUGCAUCCCAUUUGGACCAAACCCUGAUAGUGAGAAUAAUUGCCGUGUUAUAAUGCAAGUCAUCAUUGAUCCAGAGAUGAGGUUCACAAACAUUUGGUUGGCAUCGACAGGUAGCAUGAACCUCUUGAGCAUUUUGCACGACUCUUCACUCUUCAAUGAGUGCCAGAAGGGUGAUUUGCUGAAUGGCAGCAAGCUGAAGGUAUCAUUAGAUGGAUCAGAAGUCGGGGAAUACCUAAUUGGUGAUGAAGAAUACCCUCUUCUCCCCUGGCUACUCACACCUUACAAGGAAGAAGAGCUCUCCGACUCCAAGGUGGAGUUCAAUAGGAGACACUCCGCAGCCAGAAUCUGCACGCUGAAUAAUGUACUGGCAAGGUUCAAAGACACAUGGAAGUACCUACAAGUGGAGACAUGGUGGCCGGUCAAUCCGGACACUCUGAGUAACAUAAUCAAUGCCUGCUGCAUAUUGCAUAACGUAGUCAUAGAUAUGGAGGAUGAUGCAGCCAUGCCAAGCUCAGGCGCUGAGGAUUGGAGUUACCAUCAGCAAGUGCGCCAGUUAGCAAAUGAGGACGCUGUGGGGGCAAGGGAUAUGCUGUCGCAAUUUUUCUUGGCCAGAAUGUCAUCUGAAUCCGGAGUAGAUGCAGAGGAGGACCAUGAGGUAGCUGCAUCAGGCUUAGGGGAUCAUUAACUGAAAAAACUUCUUUCUGCCAGCUACAUUAUAGGUAGAAGAGAAGCGGACAUCCUGCUGGUUGGAGCAUUUGAAUGCAUAAAAGAGCAGGCGUCACAAUGGAGCGAAAGAGCAGGCGUCACAAUGGAGCGAAAGAUUACGUCUAUUGUGACGCCUGCUCUUUUAUGCAACAUGAACUGAACUCAACAUUUUGUAAUUCUGGCCAUCUAUCUGUUUAGCAAAGACGAGAGUUGUUAAGUGGUCUAAACUUUGUGUACCGGCGACUAGUUUAAAACGGUAAUGUAGCAUAUCUGUAGUCUCCAUCCAUCCAUCCACAGAUUAUUAUUAUUUUUAGACAAAUCAACCGGGUGAUUUCUUUUUU